GAUGAAAGCAUAACCAAAGGUGACAAACGCCUUGUUAUGGCCUUGUUGACGUGUCUAACCUAACAAAGUGCGAAAAAGAUUUGUCCCUUUUUGACCCAUAUUAUCCCGAAAAUCCUCGAAUCUGUUCAAGUGUCGCCUUAGAAAUGUAUUACCUUUAGAUAGGCAUAAUCAGGUAUCCAGAAUUAUGGCAUUACUAUAGCCAAUCUAGAUUUCGAGGGUUUGGCAUUGGACAGGAAUUGGUCCCGUGAAAGUAAUUUAAUAAUGCAAUGCUUCCCAGAAGACGCCGAACGGGUUCAGAGAGCGAAAAUCUUCUGUUAAGUAACGAGAGAUCGCGACCCCAAGAGGACCGAUUAAGCAGGGUGAAUAGUGGGUACCCUAACAAUGUUACUGAAGAUUAUUACUUAGAGGAGGACCAUAUUGAAGACUUCAUCGAACCGGAACCUAUCAUGAGUGCCCGAGAUCGGACUAGUGAGUUUAUCAACACCAUCCAGACCCUGCAGGGAAGAAACAUUGCUAGGGCUGUAGCAGUGAAGGACCCCAGAAAGUCCCGGGCUAUACAGAGCCAUUCGGAGUUCAUGCUCAUUGCCAAAAACGUCGGCAAAAACCUUGCUAGCACAUACGCAAAAUUGGAAAAGUUAACUUUGUUGGCUAAGCGAAAGUCGUUGUUUGAUGAUCGCACUGCCGAAAUCCAGGAAUUGACCUACAUAAUCAAAGGCGACCUAAACAGUCUAAACCAGCAAAUCGCUCAGCUGCAAAAUAUAUCAAAACGGCAGAAACACUCGACAAAUGGCAGGCAUUUGCAGUCGCAUUCCAGCAAUAUAGUGCUCACUUUGCAGUCCAAACUGGCCACAAUGUCGACGGACUUUAAGCAAAUACUGGAAGUGAGAACGGAGAAUUUGCGGCAUCAGAAAAACCGCAGGGAUCAGUUCAGUCAAGGGGGGCUUCCGCCGCCUAAUAAUGCCAGUAUUGGGCAAUCAAGUCUUCUAUUCCAAGAACAGGACCAUGUGAGUGUUGGCAUGGAAAACCAACCGUUAAUUCCGCAGCAGUCCCAAUCUCAAAUGCAAGUGGCCUUAAUGUAUGACCAAACCGAUAAUUAUUUGCAAAGUCGUGCGGAAACCAUGCAAAACAUCGAGUCCACCAUUGUGGAAUUGGGUGGUAUUUUCCAGCAACUAGCUCAUAUGGUAAAAGAGCAGGAGGAAAUGGUGGAAAGAAUUGAUACAAACGUGCAGGAUGCGGAACUCAACAUUGAGGCGGCUCACUCCCAAAUUUUAAAAUAUUUCAAAUCGGUUUCCUCAAACAGGUGGCUGAUGAUCAAAGUUUUCGGUGUCCUUAUAUUUUUCUUUAUAUUCUUCAUUGUGUUUUUAGCCUAGGGAUUAAUUAAAAUUCAGUUUCGAGCCACUUUUCUCAUUUGCGCUUUUCACCCGAAACGCUGUGAUAAGAGAGAUUCUUCAUAUGUACAUACUUACGCUAUUUGAAACAAAUAUACAUACCUGCACUACUUGCGAA